CAGUCAGUGAGCUAAUGAAGAUGCAAUUGCUGUCAGUGGUUCCAGAGUUAAGGAUGGUGUUUUGUUCAUUGAUAGCAGUGGAAUUGAGGAGUUCCAUUAUUGGCCCACACAGCUAGCAGCCAUUGCUGGUUGUGCUGCCAUGGCAACCAGGAAAUACUCACAGACCGUCUAUGAGACUGGACGCUGGACACAUGAGCGUGUGAGGGGAAACCUGGAAACAACACGCACUCCACUACUCGAACACAGACACAUGCAGACACAUGCACACACAUACAAACAUACACCUUCAAACAUAACUAAGUGGACAACACUUUUUUUUCCAGAAUACAUACAUUUUGUUCCUGCUUUUUUAAAGGACCUUUGACAUGGACUAAGCCAGCUGCCUGGCUGGGCAGAAACCUACUAGAGCUUGAGAAGGGGGCGCAAACCCUGAGCUUUCCGUGAUUGGAUCCCAGAAAUGACCUCCAGCACCUCCAUGUCUGUCUUACCCCCGGUCAAGAGCGUGGUGGUCUACCGCAACGGUGACCCCUUCUUCAUGGGGAGAAGGUUUGUGGUGAACCAGAGGCAGGUGUCCUGCAUGGAAGCCUUCUUGAAUGACGUGACACUGAACAUCCAGGCACCGCUGGCCGUGAGGACCCUCUACACCCCCCGGAAUGGGCACCGCGUGCGGGAGCUGGAGGAGAUGAAGACCGGUGCCCACUACGUCGCUGCUGGGUUUGAGAGGUUCAAGAGACUGGAUUAUUUUCACACAGGUGUGAAGAAACCAGCAGCCAAUAAAGUAGAGGCAAGACCACUUGUAAGACCAAAUGUGUCCGCUAAAUGGAGGAAGAUCAUACCCAUCCCAUGUAUUAUACAUGUGUUCAGGAAUGGCGACGUGCUGGGCUCUCCGCUGCGGUUCAUCCUCCCCAAGAGCAUGAUGCAGGAUCUGGAGCAGGUCCUCUGUCUCAUCACAGAGAAGGCUGCUCUACGCACUGGAGCCGUACGCAGGCUUUACACUCUGGAAGGGGCGACCGUGACGACAGCACAGGAGCUGGUGAAUGGCCAGUGCUAUGUUGCCGUGGGAACAGAGAAGUUCAAGAAGCUUCCUUAUUUGGAGCUGUCAGUGCCAAAAGCUACAGGGGGGAGUGCAGACAGGUAUUAUCCAUUGAACCGGAGGCAGCAGAGAAAACACGAGAACCGGCGGGCAGGUCCUCAUGACACACACAGUGAUUCAGCACUGUUAGACUCGCCAGAGAUGGACGGGAGAAGGGUGAAGUCCACGGGGGACGAGGCAGACGACAGGAGUCCUGGGACGGUCCAGAGGCUGAGAGGUGUCCGAGAGGAGAAGUCUGUGUUCUACGCCAAACCCGUCAGGGUGCGCAAGAACCCAAACACACAAAGACUUAAAGACAGAGCAGCACCAGCUGCUCAGCCCAGCGUAUUUCAGGCCCAGGGUGGCCAGAGGAGAGAGGAGGUGCAGGGAGCGCAGGAGGUGCCGGAGGAGGACAACAUCAUGGUGGACCUCCCUAUUGACCAGAGAGUUGCUGAGACAGUUGAAGAGGAAGAACAUCAUAAGGAUAGCCUUGAAACAGACCACAAAGAUAAGACAAAAAUAACUGUGGAGGGGAAACGGAGUUCAACUUUAGAUUCAGAUUUGCAUCAUCAGAGACACAGCAGCAACAGCAGCAGCAGCUUCACUGCUGAACCAAUACAGAGACAGGCAAAGACACCAGAGAAUCAGGAUCCAUCUGAGAACAACAAUCUUCAAACUGACCUUGAGGUGAACCAGCCAGUCGAGGAAGAGUCCAGAAUGAUCUCCGUCUCUAGACCGUCCUCCAGCCAGAGAGAGACUUAUGCACAAAACUCUGGGUGUGCUAGUCAAGAAGCAGGGGCCCCUGUUGACCCCGAUUGCAGGAGUUUGUCUCCGGAGCCUCAGGAGGACACAGGAGGACAUGAUCGGUCAACCCCCUCUGUGCAGAGGGAAGCGCCUGGAGGCUCCCAGGCUGAUCUCAGCACUGCUGCUGUGCCACUGGACAAGAGCUUGGCUGAGGCGGACCCACAGGAGAGGCCCGUAUCUUCAGAGAGAAGAAGAGAGUGAACCCUGGAGCUCAGUUCAGUGCCAGGGCAUGGACAAGGCUUUUACCAUUCAGCGGUGGUUGGUUAUCAAUGGGAGACCGUGUUUCACAGAUGACCUGCGGUAUUAUCAAGGCUGGCAUACACAAAUACUUAAACACACUUUUUUCAUCACACUAUGUAUAACUUAAUAAACACAAUAAAAGAUCACUAAAAUACAGUUUAUAGCAAUGAUGCCCCAUGAAGGUGGAGCUUUCUCAGAAUAUACCGUACAGCGUGAUAUUGAUGCACCUGUACCAAAUCUUUUCAGAUUGUAAUGAAGGAACAUACUGAAUGCCUUUGUUUGUUUGAACCAUUACGUAUUACAUGACACGUGAUCCAUUUGUGUCCCCUGUACAGCUGACCAUUUCCAGUUUAACUAAUAUUUUAGUACCAUUUAGAGUACAUUUUGGAAAUGUUUUGUAUAAAAGCUGGUUCAUGCGUGUUUGCCAUUCCUGUGAAAAAAUAAAUUAGUAAU